AUGUUACACCAUCACUGUCGGAGACACCCUGAACUACAGGAAGAGUUGCAGAUUCAGGCUGCAGUUGCUGCUGGCGAUGUUCACACUGUGCGCAAGAUGCUGGAGCAAGGAUAUUCUCCAAAUGGUCGAGAUGCCAAUGGCUGGACCUUGCUUCAUUUCUCUGCAGCAAGAGGGAAAGAGAGAUGUGUCCGUGUUUUUCUGGAACAUGGAGCUGAUCCCACAGUUAAGGACUUAAUUGGAGGCUUCACUGCUCUGCAUUAUGCAGCCAUGCAUGGCCGAGCGAGGAUUGCACGCUUGAUGUUGGAAUCUGAAUAUAGAAGUGACAUUAUUAAUGCAAAAAGCAACGAUGGUUGGACUCCCCUCCAUGUAGCAGCCCACUAUGGCAGAGACUCAUUUGUCAGGCUCCUGUUGGAGUUCAAGGCUGAGGUUGAUCCGCUCAGUGAUAAAGGUACUACACCGCUUCAGCUGGCCAUUAUCCGAGAGAGGUCAAGCUGUGUGAAAAUCCUUCUGGAUCACAAUGCCAACAUCGACAUUCAAAAUGGUUUCCUGUUACGAUACGCUGUGAUCAAAAGCAAUCACUCUUACUGCCGAAUGUUCCUUCAGAGAGGGGCGGAUACAAACUUGGGUCGCUUGGAAGAUGGACAGACACCCUUACACUUGUCUGCUCUUAGAGAUGAUGUGCUUUGUGCGCAAAUGUUGUAUAAUUACGGAGCAGACACUAACAAAAGGAACUAUGAAGGACAGACCCCACUGGCUGUUUCAAUAAGUAUUUCUGGAAGUAGCCGACCCUGUCUGGAUUUCUUACAAGAAGUGACAAGACAGCCCAGAAACUUGCAAGAUCUAUGCCGAAUUAAAAUCCGUCAGUGUAUAGGCCUUCAAAACCUAAAACUACUUGAUGAACUACCCAUUGCCAAGGUCAUGAAAGACUACUUAAAACACAAAUUUGAUGAUAUCUGAUAUCCAUGAAGAUAAGAACUCUGAGCAAGAUUAGUUAUA